GAUACAAGAAAUAUUUAGAAUGUUGUGCCAUUUUCUUCUUUUGUUCUAAUUCAUGUGGUUUUUUUCCCACCCCCUUUCCAUCUGUUUUUCACGUUAUUCUCUUUCUGAACUGCCAUGGGCUGCCAAUUCCUGCUGACCUAGAGCUCUCAUCAGUUCCUCCCAUUCCCUUAACAGGUGCCUGGCAUCGUCCCCAGGCCUUGCCUCUGGGCCAGGCAGUGUGGAAGGAAUCAUUUGCUGGGAAGCAGUAUGACCAGGACCCAGAAGGCAAAGACCUUUCUCCCUCAUUGCUUCUAUCAGUCACUGCCCCCACGGCUGGGAUGGGGCAUGACUUUAAACUACCCAAAACUGAAAGGCAAGGAGGAGUGUGCCUCUGUCACCAGUGUGCCUCAGGUCAGCUCACAGCACUGUCUAUACCGCAAGAGGCAAUAUUUGAAAAUGGCUGCUGCAAACCUUACCUUCUCUCAGGAGGUGGUGUUGCAGCGAGGGCUGCCCAGCAUUCCUUACAGUCAGUACAGCUUUGACCACCUCUACAACACCGAUGGCAUCAUCCACACUCCCCGGAUCAAGAAGGCCUGGCCUCAGAAACCUGUUAGCUUCAAGUUCCUGGGUUCCUCAAGUCCCUUAGCAGGAGACACCUCCCCGGCUGUGAAGACAGAAAGCUCUGCCAAUCCCAAAAAGAAGCUGAAGAAAUCAAAGCCAGCAGGCGCUGUCUGGGAAUCACCCCGCCCUCUCAUCCAGCGUCCCUGCAUGUAUCCAGAUAGUCUAGGUCGGCCGCCUUCUCCAGAUGUGAACCUGGAGGACAGAGAAGCCUGGCUUUCGCCUCCUGAGAAGGAGGCCAGAGCAUGGGAGGACACUGUGCUGGAAAAGCUGAACAAGCGCACAGCCCGAUGGAUCCAGAACAAGCGUCCUCAAAGGCCUGGGGCAUCCCCCAGCAAGUGGCAGAGCUUCCUGCGCCAGCAGUACGACUGGAGUCACAUCCGUGACGAGCUUACCUCCUCCAGCGACCUGGAGCUCCUGAAACAGCUGGAGGCAGAAGAGACAGCAGAGUUUGAGGAUCAAGGUGUCAUCCCACCCCCACAAGAAAAGAAGAAGCCAGAACUGCUACUUCCUGCUUACUACAGAUUGCCCAGUAAUUUCCCACAAGCAGAGACAGUUGAAAUCAUGCCCGGCAACAAGACCACUGAGGAUAUCCAUGAAAAGAUGAGCAUCUCCCAGCCCCAAAACCAGAGCUACUUUCGUCAGGUGAAUCCCCAAGCUGGAAAGUUUGCCUACUCCACAGACAACACCUUUGAACAGGAGAUUUACUUUGAUGAAGUCCGGAUCAUCCACCAGAUUGGUGCAAAGAGAGACAAGAUUCUCCUGGAAAACCUAAAUCGGUAUAACAAGCAGCUAUCUAAGGUCUUCCCUGAAACUCCAGAAAAGUGGAGUGCCCAGGCAAUUCCUGAAGCAUCUUGCAGACCUGUGCAAGGAGCCCUGCGCUGGACUGCUUUGCCCACCCCCGCCAAGGAUAUGCUGCUGCAGGUGGGUGAGGAGGAUGUGCCUAUUAAGACCCGGAGAUUGAAGAGGCAGGCACAAUCACUGGAGGAGGAUGUAACCUGGGAACUGAUGGUCCUGCGGAGGAUGCUGCAGGAAUGGAAGACUGCCUGGGCUCUGAUCAUAGAGUGGCACCAUGAGACAGUAGAGAACCUGCUUCGGAGCUUGGCAGACCUGCAUGACGACAUUCGGAUCCAAGCCAUCACCACGUGUGCCACGGCUGCUGUGGAACGGCCCCGGAUUGCCACCAGCCAGAGGGACUCAGGCAAGAGUAUCCAGGACUUGCCAGAGGUUCUACUGCCUGCCCUAGAGGCUGCUCUUUGUGACAAGAAUGCCAAUGUGCAGAUGGCAGCAGCAAUAUGCCAAUAUGCCAUACAGUCACAUAAUCCCCUUGCCCGGAACAUCAUGCAGACUGCCCUUCUAAAGGGUAACAGUGUGGAUAGCUGGGCUGCAGCUCAGUGCUUGGCUCUGGAAGGUACGGCCACUUACCCUGUGAUUAACAGGAUCCUCCACCAGCUGUUUACAAAGAAGAAUGAGGACACCGAGGAACAGUCUUAUAUCCUCCUGAGCCAUCUGAGUGAGAAGACAACGCUGAUACACACCAUGCUUGCUGUGGAGCUCAACAGCCGUCAAUGGAAGAACCGGAUUGUGGCCUGCAAGGCUUUCUCCCGGAUCAGCGGAAAUGUCUGCUUGGAUAUGAAACAUAAGUUGAUCCAGCUGAUGUGGAAUGACUGGCAUAAGGAGGUGAGGCGAGCAGCUGCGCAAGCGCUGGGGCAAAUGAGCCUUGGGAAAGAGGUGCACGACAUAAUCAGGUAAGACCCAGUGAACACGAGGAGACAUUCUUCUAAGAAGUGUUUAGUGAGACUUGAUUAUGACAGGAAAA